CCAAAAAUCUGUCAAAUUGGCUGUCUGUCUGUUUGCAUUGAGCUCGAGCAAGAUGAACGGAGUGUCGACUUAACAACACUCUCUUCGGCAGCAGAUUCGGAUGUUUCCUCGAGGGUCCGGUUACCAAAGCUCCCGAAAUAUCUUGGCCGACUUUAGUCAAGCUUGAGUCCGUCCACGGUGAGUACUGGCAUCCACCCCCGAUGGACAGGAAGCAAAGCACCGUUCGAGUCAAUUCUAGGGCUGGCGAAGGGUGUGUGUCAAUGGCAACCUGGCGUCGAGAAAACUCCAACUUAGUCUUAUCCAUGGCUGGCCUGAGCUCGUUGACCUCAGCUGCUGCAUAUGCAUCAUCUGCCCAGCAACGUGGCGCACGAGCCUACGUAGCUUCACGUCUGGAGUCAAAGCUAUGGAGUGAGACAAAUGCUCGAGGUGCAGAUGGAGAUGGAGCGAGAGACGAGCGAGGCAAGGAUGAGCAGAAGGACAAAAGUGCAAAAAAGGGACCUCGGGCUACGACUUCUGAAGCCCUCCACAUUUCGGAUUCUCCAGGGAGCAGCCCUCGCAGAUGCUUGUUCCAGCAUGAGGUUGUUAUUGCCUAUCCCCAGGGCAUAUAUAUAACAGAAAAGUACGUGAAGAGCCCGUCAAGUCCUGCACCUGUACUGUGGAUUGGGAGCUUGAACAUGGAGUAGGCCCAAUAGCAUCGCAAUGGGGAAUACCACCUCAGAUUUACCCAUUUUCAUAGAAUAUCUGGCAGUGCUCUGUGACAAACAGGGAAAACGUCUAAACCACCAAAGUAUAUUAUUACAUAAACUAAAGAAUAGAUAACAUUAAUAUUUUUCAUUAAUUCUUUCAUAAACAUGUCAAACUCUGAUUCCACUAAAGAGGAACGUAAAGAGAUGACAUCUUUGUAUAUCCACAUAUUGUUAAAUCUCAACUGUC